UCGGCGGACCUCAACUGGAUCACCAAACCUGUCACUAUAAAUUGAUUGCGGCUGUUUUGUUUAGGCACAGUUCGAUCAGUUUCAUUGCUUGGUUGAUACCUAUUAAAUACUCGUGAAUAUGGCAUUCAAAUUUGUGACCUUACUCGCCCUGGUGACCGUCGCCAGCGCUGGAGUCAUCUCAUCACCAGCUCUGUCCUACUCGUCCCCGAUUGCCAGCCAGCUGAUCGCUGCACCAGCCCAAUUGGCUUAUUCAUCCCCAAUUGCCAAAACCCUGCUGGCCGCCCCACUCACCAAGACUGUUGUUGCUGAUGAGUAUGAUCCAAACCCACAGUACUCUUACUCCUAUGGAGUGUCCGAUGCGCUGACCGGAGACCAGAAAUCCCAACAGGAGUCCCGCAACGGAGAUGUUGUCCAGGGAUCGUACUCCCUCGUGGAACCAGACGGUACCAAGCGUAUCGUCGAAUACAUCGCUGAUCCAAUUCACGGAUUCAACGCCGUCGUCCACCGUCAACCACUCGCCGUGAAGGCCGUUGCUGCUGCUCCAGUCCUUGCCACUAAGACCAUCGUUGCUCAGCCAGCUUUGUCCUACGCCACCCCAUUAGCCCAGAGGACCAUCAUUUCGCAGCCAGCCAUCGCAUCGUAUGCUUCCCCGUUGUCCACCAGGACCAUCCUGUCUCAGCCAGCUUUGUCUUACGGUGCUCCAGCUCUCUACCACUAAGUGAACGAAACUUUCAUAGACUGCCAUCCAAAUGUAUUUGUAGAAUCAAUAUUUGA